AAAUGACAAUUUGACGGCACAUCAGUCCAAAAUCGUAUGUUUUCAUUUCAGCGGUGAAGUUUGCAUAAUCGUCGGAUUGUAGCGAAUAACUGACUAAUCUAUAUGUUUCCGAAUUCCAAAAACAUAUAUUGUUUUAAAUAAAAUCGAGCUCUAAAUUCUAACGACGCAUUCGAUUUUCAGUGAAAAAGCAAAAUAUCGACAAUUUUCAGCUAUCGUUGACGUUUUUAUACACACUUUAAUUAUAGUGAAUUGUAGAAUCGUAUAAAAUUAGCAAAAAAGCUAAGUACAGAAGCUAAAUUAAUUGCGGCAACAACAAAAUCAACAGUUCUUGCACGCCUACGUUUGAUACUUCCUUUGUAAACGUGUGACUAAUAAAAUUCGCCAUCACGACGCAGUACGCACUUUUAACCGUUAAACACAUUAUUUGUGUCUACAAGGUGAAGAAAAAAUUCAUCGAAUCAGUUAAUAAUACAUAAAAUACUCGCUAAUCGCCGACAUUCAGCAGAUAUUGGUGGAACAAACGCUUGCCAACGACCGGACACUAGUCACAUCCGCAGCCGCAGCCGCAUACGCCGUGUAUUAACGUCCAUUCUAUAAAACCAACGUCGCUUAAGCCAAACCAACACCCACCCACAAACACACACUCACAAUGCCCGUUCAAUCUCCCAUCGCGAUUAGCAAUCGUGCCAUUGAACAUAUCGAUGAUGUCGAUCCCUUGGAAUAUCAUGGCCAUUGGGAACCAGUUGGUGUUGCACGCGUGCAAAAUACCGGCACCUCAGCAAUGGUGACAUUUGCCAAACGCAAACAACAACCUUACAUUAAGGGCGGUUGCUUACAUGACAACAAAUACAUAUUCGAACAAUUACAUUUCCAUUGGGCGGACACGGAUGAAUCGGGUUGUGAGCACACUUUGGAAGGUGUUAAAUACUCGAUGGAGGCACAUGCCGUACACUAUAAUGCAAAAUAUAAGGAUUUUGCAGAGGCUAAAAAUAAACCCGAUGGCUUGGCUGUGGUGGCAUUCUUCAUACAGGCCUGUGGUGGUAACGAUUGCCCGGAAUUUAAGAAGAUUACCGAAGGCAUACGCAUUGUGCAGAAGAUAAAUACGAGCGCUUCGUUGGAUUCGGAUUGCUUGUCCUGGAUUGGUUUGCAGGAGCUAAGCAAACAUUAUUAUACAUAUAAAGGCUCGCUGACUACGGCACCAUACUUUGAGAGCGUCACUUGGAUCAUCUAUCGCACGCCGAUAUACGUCUCCAAGGGACAGGUACAAGUCUUUCGCGAUCUACAAUCUUGCCCGAAGGAUGAGAGCAAGAAAAUUGUGAAUAAUUAUCGUGAAAUUCAGCAGCCGCAUAAAGAUCCCGAAAUCUACUUUGCGCGCAAUGCCAAACCAAAGUCUAAAUUAUGAUCUGUUGCCGGGCUGCAGCAUAAGAAGAAUACACUGUUAAACAUAUUUUUUUAUAGCACGACACUUAAAAACACAAAGCAAAAGGAAUUGAAGUAGUUUAGAGAAUCACUUCGCACGCUAUUAAAUUCUUUAUUUCUAAAUUUUUUUUAAUUUUUAACUAAGCACUCAUAUGUAAUAUGUGUGUGGUUGCAGUAGAGUUGGCACUAAAUGUACCACCGACGCACUCGACGACUACCAAACAUAAAACCACUAUUCUCACCUUUUGUCACUCAGUCAUUACAUGUAUUUUAUUGAACACAUUUAUUACACGCAUAUAUUAACUUUAUAACCAAACCGGGUAUCAACAACUCGUUUCUUG